AUGAGCAAAAACAAAAAGGCCUCGCCGGAACCCGAGGAGACUGGAGAAGAGUACAUUGUUGAAAAAAUUAUUGACUGUAGAAUAAACGAGCACGGGGUAAAAGAAUAUUUAUUAAAAUGGAAGGGAUAUGACGAUAAAGACAAUACUUGGGAACCUGAAGAAAACUUAGACUGUCCAAACUAUAUCAAAGAAUACGAAGCCGAAAAAGCAGCUAAAGAAAAAGAAAAAAACAGCAAGAAACGAAAAACCGAAGAUACGCCAAAAACGAAAGAGGAUAAAAAAAUACACGGAUUCGAAAGGGGAUUGGAACCUGAAAAAAUUAUUGGAGCUACAGAUAGUUCAGGUCAUCUAAUGUUCCUAAUGAAAUGGGUAGGUACCGAUGAAGCAGACUUAGUUCCAGCAAAACAAGCCAAUGUUAAAUGUCCUCAAGUCGUCAUAAAAUUCUACGAAGAAAGGUUAACGUGGAUAGCACCGUCAUCUGAGGAUAGCAAAAGUUAA